AUGGGGAGAGAGGGAGGAGGGGGGGAGAAAGGGGAAAGAGGAGGAGAGAGGGGGCACAGAGACCUCUGCCCUUACUACUGCAGUUACUACAGGAGGCGUCUGUCGGAGCAGCUGGCUCAGACCCCGUCCUCCUUCAGGAAGGACCCAGAGGAUCCAUCUGCUGUGGCCCUCAAGGAACCAUGGACCGAGAAAGUCCGGAGGAUCCGGGACGUGUCCCCGUACGGACACCUUCCGUCCUGGAGACUUCUGUCGGUGAUCGUGAAGUGUGGAGACGACCUCAGGCAGGAGCUGCUCGCGUCACAGGUUCUACAGGUCCUACAGAGCGUGUGGCAGCAGGAGCGGGUGCCCCUGUGGAUUAAGCCGUACCGGAUCCUGGUUCUGUCGUCGGACUCGGGGAUGAUUGAGCCGGUCCUGAACGCUGUGUCUCUGCACCAGAUUAAGAAGCAGAACCCUGUGUCUCUGAUGGACUUCAUGGUCCAGGAACAUGGUCCUCAGACCAGCGAGGGCUUCCUGAGCGCACAGAGGAGCUUCGUCCAGUCCUGCGCUGGGUACUCGCUGGUCUGCUACCUGCUGCAAGUCAAGGACAGACACAAUGGUAACAUCUUGUUGGACUCUGAAGGACACAUCAUCCACAUAGACUUUGGCUUCAUCCUCUCCAGCUCUCCCAAGAACCUGGGCUUCGAGACCUCUGCCUUCAAGCUGACCGCAGAGUUCGUGGAGGUGAUGGGAGGACCAGAUGGAGACAUGUUUAAUUACUACAAGUUGCUGAUUCUUCAGGGUUUGAUCGCUGCUCGAAAACAUAUGGACAAAGUUCUACAGAUCGUGGAGAUCAUGCAGCAAGGGUCUCAGCUGGCCUGUUUCCAUGGCAGCAGUACUCUUCGGACUCUGAAGGAGAGAUUCCACAUGAACCAGACUGAGGACCAGCUUCAGGACCUGGUCCAGGCUCUGGUCCAAGGAUCCAUGAGGUCCCUGACCACCCGGCUCUACGAUGGCUUCCAAUACCUGACCAAUGGCAUCAUGUAG